AUGCACUCCAAGCUUUUACUUUCUGUCCUCUCUGCAGUUUCUUUUGCUGUGGCGACACUGGUGCAUCUUUUCCUGAGCGUGGCCAGUGCCCCGAUCUGUGCCUACGGACAAGCUGGCUGCCACGUCCCCACUUUGGCUGACCUCUUUGAGCGCGUCAUGCAGCAGUCGUCCAGGAUGCACGGCAUCUCCAGUGACCUGCACUCGCAAACGGACCACUACUUGUACCCCAGCCACAACAUGCUUAGAAAGUGGAAAUGCCACACGCAUGACAUCAUGACACCAGGUGACAAACAGAAUGCCAAAAAUCUAGACAGAGAGCAGCUGACCGAGGUGAUCCUGAGGCUGCUGGUGGCCUGGGGGGACCCCUUGUCACAACUGCGCCAGAGCAUGCGCCAGGACCAGAACAGGAACAAGAACAGUGCGCGGGACUUCAGUCGCUUGAGUUCCAACAAGGCUCUGGAGAUGAGCGAUGUGAUGCAAGAGCUGAGGGACGGCGUCCUAAAAAUGGCAGAGAAGAUGAAGCUUCAGGGAGUGCUCGGUAACGCAGUCGCUUUUGUCCAGCCUGAGAGAGAGCUCCAUUCUUCUGCCUUUUCCUUCUACAAAAGAGGAAGUCUGAGCUCGCUGGACCGCAAUGACCUGCUGUACUGCCUCCGUCGAGACUCUGACAAGGUCAAAAAUUACCUGCGCAUUUUGCAGUGCUCCACCUUGCCAGGUCUGGACUGUUAAAUAGCGUUAUGCGGCUCCUAGUCACCUUUAGUAUAGCCUCGUUCGUGGUUGGGUUAUGAGCAAUGUACUAAAAAGCUUUUUUUUUUUUAAAUGGAGUAGAAAUCCUGUAAGCUAGUGUUUUGCAAUCAUAAA